UCGGCCUUACCUAUGGACAAAUGGAUGAUUCUGCAACUUCUGUUGCAAUGGUAGGCUGUGGAAUUCCACUUGAUGAACCAUACCUUCAAUAUCGUUUGUCUGUCUUAGCAAAGGAAGAGCGGAAGGGGCUUCGUAGUGGAAAGAUUCCGGUCAAUGAAAGCUUCUAUCUAAUCGGAACAGCUGAUCCUACAGGAACCUUGAACAGUCAUGAAGUUUGCAUUAUUCUUGAAAAUGGCCAGAUAUCAGGAAAGGUUCUAGUGUACAGGAAUCCAGGCCUUCAUUUUGGGGACAUACACAUCCUAACUGCAAAAUAUGUAGAGGAAUUGGAAGGGUUUGUUGGAAAUGCUAAAUAUGGAAUUUUUUUCUCCACCAAGGGCAGGAGAUCGGUGGCAAACGAAAUUGCAAAUGGUGAUUUCGAUGGAGAUCUGUAUUGGGUAUCUAGAAGCCCACAGCUGUUGAAUUACUUCAAAGCAAGUGAGCCGUGGGAAAGGAUUCACYCAACACCAAGUGCGCCUAACAAGAAACCUAGUGAGCUCUCGUACGAGRAGUUGGAGAAUGAGCUUUUUACUCAACUUUUUGCUACACAAAAGCAGGGUAUGGUAGCUGGUAAAGCAGCUGAUAGCUGGCAAACCUUUAUGGAUCACUAUCUGUCCUUGGGAGAAAAUUAUGCUGAUGAGAAGCAUCGGAUUAAAGAAAAACUGUUGAAGUUGGUUGACUUGUACUACGAUGCUCUUGAUGCACCCAAGAGUGGGAAAAAGGUUGAAAUUCCUAAAUGUUUAUUGCCACAAAAAUAUCCCCAUUUUCUGGAAAAGAAACGUGAGAUGUCAUAUGAUUCGACUUCUGUUCUAGGAAAAAUCUAUGAUGCCGCGAUAGAGUAUCCAUCUUGUAAUGCUAUAAAACAAGACAUAUGGAAACUGCCCUGCUUCAAUGUCGAGAUACCAGAGGCCUCCUUAAAUUUGUGGAACAACAGGUACAUGUCGUACAAGCAAGAAAUGUGCAAUGCCAUGAAUGCUGGAGAUGAAUCAAAAACCAACUCUGCAAACAUUGUGAUUAAAAAGUAUAAGCAGAUGUUUUAUGAGGCUGAGGAUUUUGCAACGAGUACUAGGAAGAUUGAGGAUCUGCAUAAUGAAGCCCUUGCAAUUUAUCAUGUAACUUACGAUUAUGCUCGAAGCACUAAUGAUGUUAAGRAGUGUGGGUUUGCAUGGAAGGUAGCUGGUGAGGCCCUCUGCUCAUUUCAUGUAAUGAAGACCCCUGGAAGGUCAAUUCCUUUCAAACUAGCUGUUUUAUCAAUGUUCAUUUAGAAGGAUAUGUAUAUAUAUGAAUACAUUUAGCUAUAUAUAGGCAUUUGAGUCCUUGUGUAGAUGGCCAAUAUCAUUGUGUUUAUAGGAGCAAUGCCCACUGUAAUAUAUAUGGACUUCUUCUGCCCACUCGUUUCCUUUCUGUCAUAUAGAAGCAGGACGAGAC